AUGGUAGCAAACACCAUGGACCAAAGCCCGACAGCCAGUUACGCCAAUUCUGGGCUUUGGAAUCGUGAGCAGAAACCUUCAACUACGGCUAAGAGUAGGGGAGGUGUGUCAAUAAGUGGUCGGCAGAUCACGCGCAAUCGCGCUAGUUAUAGCUGCCACAGUUGUCGGCGGCGGAAGGUGAAAUGCGAUAAAGUCCAUCCAGUAUGCGGGAAUUGCGCGAAGAACGGAAACGAAUGCGUAUACGAUGCCGCGCCACAAAGGGACACCGGAUCGCGUGCGGGACAAUCGAAGGGUGAUGGACAUGGAGUGAAACGAAGGAGAGAGUCGAAACCGCUGGAGGAAGACGUCGACGAAAUACAAUCGAUAUACGGCCAUUUACGGCAAGCUGGAUCGUCUGAACAGAAGUCCGGAUCGCAGGCGAUCGAGGUGCGACUCGCCAAAUUGACGUCGAUGAUCGAACGUCUUAGCAAGUCCAACCAGCCGCUCGAUGCUACGGAACGACAAAAUUUAGCGCAGGAUGUCAAUCUUGAACCUGCGCAGGGGCAUACGCGGCAAAGUAGCGGACAGACGAGGCCGAGUACGGCUUCUCGUCCUGCUAGCCCGCGUCGCGUGACUGAUUCGAGUAAUGAUGAGUUUCCAAUUCCCUCCGGGCAUGCGACAGAUCUGGUCGACCCAGUGGGUAGCUUGAACUUGGGACAUCUGAGCCUUGAGGAUGGAGGGAAAUCAAGAUACGUCGGAACUACUUAUUGGGCGUAUAUCUCGCGCGAAAUCACCGAUCUCAACCAGUUGCUGAGAGACCAGAACCGCUCACAUACAAUGUCUGCAAACGACAGCUCGACCGACGAACCAAUGGUGGACUCGACAGCCAAGACCCCAGGAGAUCCAUGGAAGGCAUCUGAUGGCUCUAGUGGGCCAAGUGACUGCUUGUCUAGCGGAGACACGCCUCAGAAGCUGUUUCUUUCUCCUGGAGAAUCACCAGAUAUGAAAGGGAGAUUAGCUGAGCCGGAAAUGCUCGAACGAAUGCCGACCAAGCGGCAAAGCCAUGUCUUAUACAAGGGAUUCAUGUCGGGUGUACAUGCCAUCAGUCCGGUUAUCCAUCCGCCUACGAUUUUGAAGUUGUACAACGCCUUUUGGGAUUGGUAUGACUAUAGCAGUUAUUCUGGAGAGCCGUGCCCGGAUCCCUCUUUUAUUCCAUUGUUAUAUGCCAUUUGGUACGGUGGUUCAGUCACCGUCUCGAUGCGGACCCUCCAGGCUGAGUUCAACGUCAACUCUCGGUCCGCGCUCUCGAAAACAUUCAACGAGGAGGUGACUCGAUGGUUGACCAAAAUAUCUUUCCCACGAAGUACGUCACUACAAGGCCUGGCAGCAUACCUCUUAGUCCAAACCAUCCUGUCCAAGGAGGAAGAGCCCUUGACCAGCAGUUUAUUUAUCAGUCUUGCCAUGCGUGUCGCACAAACAAUGGGCCUGCAUCGUGACCCCGCCAAAUUCGGCAUCGAACCUUGCGAGGCCGAAUAUCGCCGUCGGUUAUGGUGGCACAUCGUGCAUAUGGAUGGCGUUGUCGCGAUGUCUAGCGGGCUGCCUCCGCUGGUUAGUGAUGAGAAUUACUGGGAUGUCCGUGAUCCCAGUGAGGUUAAGGAUACGCUGUUAGGUACGCCUGAGGCAGCACAUUAUGAGCAGCUUGUGUCUGCCAAUUUGCGGUUACGGGAUAACCCAGAUGAGCCGACGGUUUGUGGUGGGCCGUCUUUGGUGAAUGUUUACUAUCUGUCUGCCAGGGGGAAAUAUGUUAUGGCGCGGGCCGUUCGCCGGAUAUUAAAGAUCCAGCUCGGGACCAGACCAGUGAUGAGACGGGACAUGGAAGAGCUCAGAUCCAUCCUCCUCGAUCUCCAGCUGCAGCUAAACUCAAUCGUCAACAGAAUCCCGGACGUCAUGAGUCUGGAGACGACUUCUGUGUCUGACGAUUCACCGUCCUACUCUUCACGGUCUCCAGUUGAAGUACGAACCACUGAUACAGAGCUUCCGGGUGAAGGACCCAAUCGGUGUCCGGAACAAUAUCACUCUCCUGUCCUUGUUGCUUUUCAUAAGUGGGCUAGGAUAUUGCUGUCGCUGUUCAUCGAUAAGGCAUUCUGCGUCGCAUACCAACCAUUCCUGAAAAACGCCAAAAGCCGUAUCUGGCCAUCAGCACGCCAGAGCGCCCUCCGCCACUGCCAUGGCUUCAUGGAAAAAUUCAUCUCCCUCGCCAGCGACCCGGACUUCCAACCCUUCCAAUGGAGCUGGCCCGGCAACCACCAACCCAUGCACGCAACCAUGAUCAUGCUCAUCGACCUCUACGAGCGCCCCCACAGCCAAGAAGCAUUCAAAUCCCGCGCCCUGAUUGAUAGGAUCUUCUCCCUCUCCGGGCCCGACGGCGGCGUCGUAGGUGGUGAAGACGGCGUUUCCACACAAAGACCUCUGAAAGAUGGCGGCCGCGAAGCAUGGGAUAUGAUCCGCCGUCUGCGCCAGAAAGCAUGGCAGAAGGCUGGUCUUAACCCGCAGAGACUCUGGACAGAGCACGCGCAGAUCCAGGCUGGUGUUGUUUCCGGUCCGGAGGAGUACUCGUGUUCCGCGGAUUCGAAGCGAGUGCCGGUGGACCGGCAACUAUCGGACUUCUCGAAGACUUUCUACAAUAUGACACGGAAUCAUAUGCUCCCGAACCCCGCCUUGGGUGUUAGGCCUAGUCCGCUGCGUUACCAGUUGCCUCCGCCGGUACCGAGUUCUCUUCCGGCGACAUUGCAGUCAGUUCCUCCGACGCCGACACCACAGUUUCCUCAUUCCCCUGCGCUACCACCACAACCUACACGCUCCCUCGACGCAACUCUAGCCGGUUCGACCGUGUCCUCGCCGGAAAGUCUCCCACCGCUAAGUACCAUCCCGUUUACACCACCACAACCACCACAAAUCCAGCCACAGCCUCAACCACAACCUGCUGCUACCGUAACACCACCAAACGGCCUUCCCUUCAUGGACACCUUCCCGAUCUCCCCAAGCGCACAAUCAAUAUCCAUGCCCAUGCCCGCAGCAGUCCCCACGCCACCGUCAAUGGUCGAUCCGAAUCUGAACAAUUUCGACUGGGAUCAGUGGGAUGCGGUGUUUGGGCAGCAUUUGCCUGUUGCGGAUGAGCUGAUGGAGUUAGAUCCGGUUGUGGGGUUUGAGUUUGCGGAUAUGAGGAGUGCGGGUGCGGGUGCGAGUGGGUUUUGA